AUGACGGAGGCUUCUCCUUGUAUGGCAGUUUGUGGAAGCGUAUCCUCCACAUCGCAAUACGCUUGCUAAUCACGUUGCCCACAACACUCUGAUUGCUUCUUUCACUGUCUCUUUGUGGUUCAUCUUCCUUCACGCUCUCUCUUUUUCUUUCUAGAUAUGGCUGCCAAGCUCAUGCGCGCGGUUUGGUAUAGUGGCUAUGGCGGCGGAGCUGCUGGGCUGGAGAAUUGAAGCUUAGAAGGAAGGCUUAAACAAGUGCUUUUCAUGCAUUUGGACAAAAUAAGAGAGCAUGUUGAGGUUCCAGUUCCAGCUCCUGCUAAAGAUGAGGUUUUGCUGAAAUUGGAAGCAGCAAGCCUAAAUCCAAUAAAUUGGAAAAUGCAGAAAGGCAUGCUGCGUCCUCUUUUUCCUCGCAAAUUCCCUCACAUACCAGUUACUGAUGUGGCUGGAGAGGUGGUGGAGGUUGGAUCUGGAGUCAAAGAUUUCAAAGCUGGUGACAAAGUUGUUUCCAAACUUAGCCAAUUUAGCGGAGGUGGACUAGCAGAGUUUGCCGUGGCUAAAGAGAACUUGACAGUCUCAAGGCCUGCUGAAGUGUCAGCAGCUGAAGGCGCAGGCUUGCCCAUUGCAGGUCUUACAGCUCACCAGGCUCUCACCCAGGUGGUAGGCAUCAACCUUGACGGAAGUGGCCCAGAGAAAAACAUCCUAAUCACAGCUGCCUCAGGUGGGGUCGGUCACUAUGCUGUUCAACUUGCAAAGCUGGGAAACACACAUGUUACAGCCACUUGUGGAGCGCGAAACAUUGAUUUAGUCAAGAGCUUAGGGGCCGAUGAGGUUCUGGACUACAAGACCCCAGAUGGUGCAGCCCUCAAGAGCCCAUCUGGUCGGACAUUUGACUUUGUGAUCCACUGUGCAACAGGCAUUCCCUGGUCCACCUUCGAGCCUAACUUAAGCACAAAUGGGAAGGUAAUAGAUAUCACUCCUACCGCCAGUACGAUGCUGACUUUUGCUCUGAAGAAACUCACUUUCUCUAAGAAGCAGCUGGUGCCCUUGCUUGUAACUCCCAAGAAGGAGAACCUGGAGUGUCUUGUUGGGUUGGUGAAGGAAGGGAAGCUUAAGACAGUGAUCGACUCGAAACAUCCCCUGAGCAAGGCUGAAGAUGCUUGGGCCAAGAGCAUCGAUGGCCAUGCUACUGGGAAGAUCAUCGUCGAGCCUUAAGCGUGAUUUUAUCAACUCUAAUAUGCCUAAUGAAAAAGGUGUGAUGUAGCAUGCGAGGGUUAGGUAAUAAUUAUUUGCAUUAGAACAAGGUAUUUGAUGAUGUUUGUUUCUGCCUCACGCUUAGCAGACUGGUUAUUGUAAAUGUGUGCAUCUUUUAUUCAUAUUUGUAAGUUGUAUAAGCUUUUGUCAUGGGUUUCAUUUUUCCUUUCUUUUUCUUUCCCUUGUUUUAUACUGUGGGAUGCUGCUUUUGCUAAUAAGGUUCUUCCAUGGA